CCAAAAAAUCUCAAUUCAGAACGCUGCUCCCGCUCCUCUGCUUUCUCUCAUACAAUCAUCUUCAUCUUCUGCAAAUCUUGAUCUUUAAGAUGCAAAUGCUAAAAUCAAGCUUUUCAUUCGCCAGUUUUCUCUCAAAUCCUUCCCAUUUCAGACCUCUCCGUCUCAUCCACACAAAACCCACUUCCCAAAUUCAACACCCACCAACUGUUCGACAAAAUGCCACACCCAAUCUUCACAACCUAGCACCUCACAAUCUCCCCCCAACAUCACUCUACAUUCACCUUCCCUUCUGUCGAAAACGCUGCCAUUACUGCGACUUCACAAUCGUAGCACUCGGUUCAUCAUCUUCAACCCAACACGACAACGACCCUCGAAUUACAGACUACAUAAAUCUCCUCAUAAGAGAAAUCACAGCCACAAUUGAUCAAUCCAAUGUACCUUUACAAACAGUCUUCUUCGGAGGUGGCACACCAUCGCUUGUCUCCCCUAAACUUAUCUCCAUUGUUCUCGACAAAUUGAAUUCCAAAUUCGGUCUCUGUUCUGAUGCAGAGAUAUCAAUGGAAAUGGAUCCUGGAACAUUUGAUGAUAAAAAAAUGAAACAACUUGUGGAUUUGGGUGUCAACAGAGUGUCUUUAGGAGUUCAGGCGUUUCAAGAUGAGCUGCUGAAAGCUUGUGGAAGGGCGCAUGGUGUUAAUGAAGUUUAUGAUGCGAUUGAGAUUGUUAAGGGAAGUGGAAUUAAGAAUUUUAGUAUGGAUCUUAUCUCGUCUCUUCCUCAUCAAACAAUUCAACAAUGGGAAGAAAGUCUGCAAUUUACAAUUGAAGCAAAUCCUAAUCAUGUUUCUGUUUAUGAUCUGCAAGUUGAACAGGGCACCAAAUUUGAUACCUUGUAUAAACCAGGGGAGUUUCCUCUUCCAUCGGAGAAUCAAUCGGCAGAGCUAUACAAAAUAGCUUCAAAGAUGCUAUCGAAUGCAGGUUAUAACCAUUAUGAAAUCAGCAGUUACAGCAAGAAUGGUUUCGAGUGUAAACACAAUAUUACAUAUUGGAAGAAUCUUCCAUUUUAUGGUUUUGGAUUGGGAUCUACUGGUUAUGUAGGUGGUUUAAGGUUUUCGAGGCCUAAGAGAAUGAGACAGUAUGUCAGUUUUGUUGAGGAUUUGGAAAAUGGGGUAGUGAAUCCACACGAGGAACGAGGAAUUGAUGGUCGGGAUUUGGCGAUGGAUGUGGUGAUGUUGUCGCUUAGAACGGCGAGAGGGUUGGAAUUGGAAUCGUUUUUGGAGACUUUUGGUUGGGAGCUUGUUGGGAAGUUGUUUGAAGCUUUUGAACCUUAUGUUGAAAGUGGACAUGUUAUAUGUCUUGACAGGAAUAGAAGAACGGUUGGGAUUGAGGAAUUGAGAAACCUCGAGGUUAAAGAAGAUGUGGUUGCGUUUGUUAGGCUUAGUGAUCCAGAUGGUUUUCUUUUAUCCAAUGAGUUAAUAUCGAUUGCUUUUGGUGUAAUAGCUCCUUGAAUUUGUAUUUUGUUUAAAUUAACAUUUUAUUUAGAUUUUAAUAGAAGUAGAAGUAGAUUUAUUUA